AUGACGCAGGAAUCUUCCCACAGCGGGCACGGCCCUGCGCACGCCAACGACCUCGAGGCCAGGAUCCUCGCAGCCCUCUGGGAAGAAGUUCCAUUUCCUCGACUGCCCUCGGACGCUCCCCCAGAGCUGAAAGCCUUGGUCGUAGAGAUAGAGAACCCGAGGAAGAUCUAUACCAUACAUCGCGCCAUCCGCCGGCACAGCCUACAGCUACUGAUCGAGAAGUUCAUCUCCCAACUGCGCUACGGCUGUGGCUACGAUGACUGCACCACUCCAUCCUGUUUCAGCUGCCGAAGGCGACUGGCCGGCAAGGCUCCCAUACGCCGUUAUAGCCCGACCAGUGCGAGGACCUUGGCCGUGCAAAUGGCCGGCCAGGAUAACCCGGAACUCAACAUCUGCCCGAACCUGGACACGCCCAGAGGGCCCAGCGAUGCCAUCAAGCCAUUGAUAUUUGGACCCAAACCUCGCUUGCCCAAGAAUGAGCUCAGCAAUGGGCGCAGUACCAGGAAGUCGGGUAGUUCUGUGCGAGCUACGGUGAUAGACGACAAGCAACCCCCGCGGAGGCGUUCUCAGUCGAAUACAGGUGCGACGCCGGCGACUCUAUCGCAACCACGCUUGUCAGUGCCCGAAAGAAGAAGUUGCAGCCACGGGGGCCGUCGUGAACCAGCUUCAAAAGAGCUCGAGGAUGUGCCAUCACCACCACCAAGUCCGGCGUCGAGGGUCUUGAUAAAUGAACGGCCAAUCCGUAAAGAUUAUCGCUCAUUCGCAGCAAACAUGUUCGGCACCGUGGCAUUCAAGAUGCUUGAAUGGCUUGCGCCGAACAACAUGGAAGCGAUAUCCAGUAAGGCAGCGAACACGGUCGACUGCGGAAGCAAAGUGUCUACUAGUACGAAUGCGUCUACAGUCGAUGACAGUGACGAUGGGCUUUUCGUGUCCUCGGCGUCCAUGGCCGAACAGGACGUGGAACCCCUGUCUCCGAGAAAUCAAGAAGCAGAUCACACGAAUUCCCACGCCCAUGCUAACGGCCAGAGUUACCCAACGCGUUCGCGAGCCAACUCGAGUACACGGGUUCGGACAUCGUCGACUUCCAGACCUCUCGCAGCAGAUCGCUUCUCCGAAGUUCGCCUUACUGAUGGCUUUGCCGAGCCCAUAUCUCCCCUCUCUCCAGUCUCCAAGGUUGAUAAGGUCCCGAAAAGAUUGGUCAGGUCGACAUCUUCCAUAUCACGUCAAAGGCCGAAUGGAAAACCCAUUGACGACGCACUCAACCAAGACCCCCAAGGGAUCCAGGUCGGCUUGGAAAAUGGUGUUCGGAGUCCUGGGCCUGGUGAUGAAAACACUGAUGGAUUCUUCUCUGUCGGUGACUCCCGCGGGUCUCUAAUCUCGGAUGAUCGCAGUGAGUCCCCUCUUGAGCAAGAUAUUCCCAGCGACGGGCCUGAAGCCGAAGACAUCCUGCCUCAAGGUCUCUCGCACUUCAACAUCCACACAGUGGAUCUCUUGUGCCAUAUCCUUCAGCAAGACGGAACAGCGGAAAACCAUCUGCUUGAACCCCAGAGAAUUAUCAGUCCUCCAAAAGGAACACGGGAAAACGGAGUCUGGAGGAGACGAAAAGCCCAACUACCAUAUCCACACAACUUGAGACUUGAGUGGAAACUAUUCAUAGAACAGAGCAUAUUCAACGUGCUCAGCGACCCACACUCGAUACUCGAGACCUUUACUACCAGGGGUGAGUUGAUCGACUCGCAGUCAAUAUGGUAUUACAUGCUGCGCCUGACAAGAGUCGCACCAAGCUUGGUCUUUGAUAGUCUAUGGACUGCCUCAGAAAGUCUCUUUGCUCCGCCCAAAGCGUUGCAGUCGGCGCGGUCGCCAACUGCCAACUUCUUUCCACAACGACCCAGGUCGCUCACAAACGAGGAGGCUGGCUUCGUCCUGUCUGUGUGUUUCCACGCUCUGGUAGCUGCGGCGCCGGUCGUUUUUGAUGCCUCGCAGCUGUUCGACAUGUCACGGAUCAGAUCCCGUGGCUUGACGUUGUCAGAGUCCGGGGCCGUGGCUCGUCAACCCUCAUCCCUGUGUCUCGAGUAUGAAGACGUCUUCACUGACGACCUGGCACUCAGAUUGGCGAGGAGGCUUUUGGCCGCAAUCCCAACGCGCAAGCAUUUCGAUGAGCUCAUAGAACUAGAUCAAGACUCAGAAGAUGGAACGACUGAACCAGAUAUACUAGAGGUGUUCCUGUCUCACCUGGAACCAGGACGAGAACAGCAACAGACUGUGGAAUCCUCCCGCACCGAGAGGGAGCUACAUGAAAAGCGCGUGCCUAUUCUCCUGCUUGAUUGGGCACGCACAGUCAUGCUUAAUGAGUGGGAGGGGAGACCCGAUGUUCCUGGUGAUGGCCCAUUCGGCGGUGCUCUCUCACUGAUUGAGGCCAUGUACCAGAAACGUAACUCGCUCCUAUUAGCCGAUGUUGCAUUCCGGACGGAGUAUUUCGGUGAUCGUCUGGAUGCCAUCGAUCUACCUGUGAGUUGGUUGGCCUUCAACUCUUCAAGACAAAAGGCACACCUUUUGGAUUACCCCUACAUAUUCCACCCAUCUUCUCUGGUAUCAUACUUCCGAGCAGCAAACUUUUCACGGAUGAGCCGGUCCUAUGAAGAAUCAAGCUCUUUACAGACCCGGAUCACUGCAAUAAUCGCCACCGACAGUCUCGUCACGGAUCAACACCAGAAAGGCGUCCUCCAGGACUUGCUCAAGGUUGCCUCCGCCAAGUUCCUGAUUUUGGACAUUGGCCGUAAGUCGGUCAUUAAGGACGCAUUCGACCAACUAUGGAGAAGACAAGAGCGCGAGCUCAUGCGACCCCUGAAGGUUCAUCUCGGCGAGGAUACGGGGGAGGAAGGCUUUGACUCGGGUGGUGUCCAACAGGAAUUCUUCAGACUCGCCAUCGCAGAAGCCCUGGACCCGGCCUACGGUGCGUUCACCGUCGACGACAGGACAAGGAUGACCUGGUUUCGCCCGGGGUCGCUAGAACCGGAGUGGAAGUUCGAGUUGGUUGGCCUGCUCAUGUCGCUGGCCGUAUUCAACGGCCUCACACUGCCCGUCACCUUUCCAAAGGCAUUGUACAUGAAGCUGCUGGGCGAACCUGUCACGGAGUUGCAUCACAUCGCCGACGGCUGGCCUGACCUUGCCAACGGCCUGACCACGCUCCAGGAGUGGGACGAGAGUCAAGGUGCCGUGGAAGACAUAUUUGCUCGCACAUACGAGUUUUCGAUCGACAUGUUCGGACAGCCCGUCUCCCGCGAGAUGGACUCGUCGAAGCAUCCUUCCUGGCCUCAGUUCUCGCAGCACCUUACCGAACCCCUCUCGGCAGGGAACCCCGAGGACGCCCCGCUUGUCACGGGCGACAACCGCGAGGCCUACGUGAGCGACUACAUCCGCUACCUGACGGACGUCAGCGUCGCACCGCAGUUCGCGGCCUUCGCGCGCGGGUUCCGCGCGUGCCUGGACGCCAAGUCGCUGCGGCUGCUGACGCCGGCGCUUCUGCAGUCGCUGGUCGAGGGCACGCAGGAGAUCGACAUCGGCGAGCUGCGGCGGGCCGCGCGCUACGUGGGCUGGGACGCCUCGCACCGCGCCGUGCGCGACUUCUGGGCCGUCGUCAAGCGCUACGACGCGCCCAUGCGCCGCCGCCUGCUCGAGUUCGUCACGGCCAGCGACCGCGUCCCCGUCGGCGGCAUGCGCAACGUCCAGUUCGUCGUCCAGCGCAACGGCCAGGAGGACGGCGACGCCGGUCACCUCCCCACCGCCUACACCUGCUACGGCACCCUGCUCCUCCCCGAGUACCGCGACCGCGAGGUUCUGCGCGAGCGCCUCGCCAUGGCGCUCGAGAACGCCCAGGGUUUCGGGUUCGCCUAG